AUGUCGGUAAGAAAUCGUACGGCACCCGGUCCCGACAGAAUAAGACCAGAACACCUGAAGAGCCUUCCGCCAGUACUCAUCAACACCCUGGCGAGGCUCUUUACACGUUAUCUGUCGGAAUGCAAGAAAAAGGGAGAUCCACAUGACAUCGGCAACUAUCGCCCAAUCUGCCUACUGUCCGUCAUCUACAAGCUCUUUACAAGAGUAAUCCUUAAUAGGAUUGAAAAAGUCUUGGAUGAAGGACAGCCAUGCGAGCAAGCAGGGUUUCGAAAAGGAUUCAGCACGAUUGACCACAUUCACACUGUUUCGAAACUCAUCGAGGUAUCACGAGAGUACAAGAUGCCGCUCUGUCUCACCUUCAUCGACUUAAAGAAGGCUUUCGACUCGGUUGAGACGGAAGCGGUCGUGGAAGCCUUGGACAACCAAGGCGUCCCUACUCAAUACAUAAAGGGCGAUACAAUUUCACCCAAAAUAUUCACAGCCACCCUCGAGAACGCAAUGCGAAAGUUGGAAUGGGACGACAUGGGAGUGAAGGUUGAUGGUCGGCAGCUACACCAUUUGCGCUUUGCUGAUGACAUCGUACUGGUAACACCUAGCAUCAGCCAAGCGGAACGAAUGCUGACCGAAUUCGACGAAACAUGUGGAUGCAUCGGUCUUCAGCUGAAUCUACAAAAGACGAUGUUCAUGCGGAACGGAUGGGUCUCGGAUGCCCCAUUCACGCUCAACGGAACGAACAUAUCCGAAUGCACCAGCUACGUUUAUCUGGGUCGGGAACUGAACAUGAUGAACGACCUGACCCCGAGCUGGGCAGGAGGAGACGAGCGGCUUGGGGAGCGUACAAGAGCAUCGAGGAUGUAG